CGGCCAAACAUUUGGCGGCUUUUACAAAACGAUCGUCAUGAAAAAUCAUAUUAAAAACACAAAUAGACCGCUAGUCGUGACUCGUAUGUGUGUUCAUGAUGCCGAAGAAGAGGACCAAGUCGGGAAAAGGUACCAAAAGGAAAGUGCACAGUGAUGACAUCCCUCCAUCCACGAGCCUCCCCCCGUUAGUGGAUGGUCAGGUCCGGUGUUCACUGAAAGUCACUGUAAGUAAAGUCAUCUGGACUGUACCAACUCCUCCGGAGGUAGGCUACGUCAGACUCAAGUGGUGGGGAGAACAGACAGAUGGCAAUAUUUUCAGGCCACUUGAUGUGAAGAAUCCCAAGAAGGAUGUUGUGAAGUCUACCUGCAGAUAUCCCAUCAGAUGUGGACCCAAACAGUUCUCAGCUUACCUCAAUGAUAUGGCAUCCAUGGUUUUAGAAGUCCUCAGCGGUCCUGACCAGGUGCCUGUUGGACGGGCACAAAUAAACCAGAUAGGUCAGCUGGGACCCAACAGGCCCAUCAAUGGGUUCUUUUCUGUGUAUUCACCAGAGCCAGCCAAGAUUGGAGAACUUCACGUGUCUCUCAUGUUAGAGUCUUUGUUAGCCACCUACGAUAGUUCAGGAUCAGUCCCUACUACAGACAUGAGUGUGGAUAGCCUGGACCCAGGCCAGCUGUCAGGCACACACCGGCCCUCCACUGCCCCUCAGCCCAUCCCAAAGUCUGUCCUAGCUGGGUCUAGUGACGACCCCUUCACUUCUCCAGCAGUGGGACAUGUGAGAUCUGCCACCCUACCGUCCGUUGUCCCUCGCUCAGCACACAGCUCGGGUGAGGAGGUGCGGACACCCCAGGGGGUAGACUCCCAGCUGUACAGGAGAACUCCCAGUCAGACUGUCCCUGGUCAUGACAGGGAUGGGAACACAGUGUCACAGCAGGGGCUGGGAGAGAAUAGACAACCUAGAGAGGAGACUGGGAGUGGGACUUCUCUCAGUGAUGGGUCCAAAGUCGAUGACAGCAAUAUUAAAGCUCCCAUCCCAGGAGACCUGAUCUCAGAGCUGCUGGACCGCGGCACCAGACUGAGGGAUGCCAUGGUUAAGGCACAGGUACAGACAGAGGUGGAUCUCAUCAACACAAACAAACAACAACAACAACAAAUACCGGACAGUGUGGAGGACCAUAAAGGGGCUGUAUCAGAAAGGUAA